UGGUCCAAUGCGGCAUCCGUAACCUGCGACAGUUAGUGACGUUGCGGCCGAGGAGGAGUUCCUGGUAAUCCAAACAUCGACGAAGCGACAUCCAUAGUCGUUUAUCAAUAACAUAUUCCUCAUAACCGAGUUGAUCGAUCAACAUAAUGGCUGCUCAGAAGAUAAACGAAGCGCACGAGCACAUAGCCAAAGCGGAGAAAUGCUUAAAAACGAGUCUGACAAAGUGGAAGCCUGACUUUGACAGUGCUGCAUCAGAAUACGCCAAAGCAGCUGUGUGCUUCAAGAAUGCCAAGCAGUAUGAACAAGCAAAGGAUGCUUAUCUGAAGGAAGCUGAGUACCACACAGAAAACAAAACGCUUUUUCAUGCUGCAAAGGCUAUUGAACAGGCUGGUAUGAUGAUGAAGGAACAAAAGAAAAUGCCAGAGGCCAUCCAGUACAUAGAGAAAGCCUGCAUGAUGUACAUGGAGAACGGGACACCGGACACUGCUGCCAUGGCUCUGGACCGGGCUGGAAAACUGAUAGAGCCUAUAAACCUGGAGAAAGCUGUGGACUUGUAUCAGAAGGCAGCAGGUGUAUUUGAGAAUGAGGAUCGCCUACGUCAGGCAGUAGAACUGCUGGGAAAAGCCUCCAGACUUCUGGUCAGGUUAAAAAGGCUGGACGAAGCGGCAGUCGCCCUGCAGAAAGAAAAGAAUAUGUACAAAGAGAUCGAGAACUUCCCGAUGUGCUUCAAGAAAACAACUGCUCAAGUACUGGUUCAUCUUCACAGAGGCGACUACGUAGCAGCUGAUAAAUGUGUCAGAGAAAGUUACAGCCUGCCUGGCUAUAGUGGAAGUGAAGAUUGUGUUGCCAUGGAGACGUUACUUCAGGGCUAUGAUGAGCAGGAUGAGGACCAGGUCUAUCGCGUGUGUAACUCACCUCUGCUGAAGUACAUGGACAAUGAUUAUGCCAAACUGGCUAUUUCCCUGAGGGUACCUGGAGGAGGAGGAGGAAAGAAGAAGAAGGCUGCUGCUGCUCCACAGGGUGGUGCUAGUGGGGCACCAGCUCCAGAGGAAGAGGAGGAUGACUAUGAAGGCGGGCUGUGUUAGCCUUCAGCCUCCAGAGCACCGACUCUACCAUCUGCUGCCACCAGUACACCCUCUCUGUAUGAGUUAAACAACCUCUGAGCUCUGAUAUCCUGAUGGGUGGCUUUCUGAUCUUAAAUGUGCAAAAAAGAAAAAAAUAAAUUUUAAAACCCCAAACAGUUCAGUAGGUGUUGGCGUCAACCUGAGUUUGAACAGCCUUUUAUUUUGUGUAAUCUCUCGAGGUGGAUCCUCAGCCUGUUGUAUGUACAUGUUCUAUUAUUUCUCGUCUCUUGUGAAGCUGUAAAUUUUGCUGUUUAUUGUUUGCGGGUAGAGUGUAAAAUUACUAUAGGUAUAUUCAAAUCACCCAAAGACUUGAUCAGUGUAUAGGUGUUUAUUUGUACAGAGUUAAUUUAUUCAGUAUUCAUGACUAUAGCCUGAAAA